AGAUUUCUUACUUUUGUCAACUGUUUUUAUGAGUCCUACGACAGCUGAAACCUAAGCGGUCGUAAACUAAUUAUGGACAUUACAUAUCCAUCAGCCUGAUGGGAUAACAACUGUCAACCGUUGCGAAGGAGAUUCCUUGGAUAUCCAUCAAGCGUCAUGCAAGCAACACCCAAAUCAAAACUAUCCACCUGCCACACGUGGCAAGUUGUCGUUGUCGUCGUCAUCGUAUUAUUUUAUGAUUGACGCGUCGGUGUUUAGAUUCGAUUUCACUAUUACCAGCGAUACCAAAGUACAGGUAACAAGGAAAUCCAGCAGAGCAAUAUUAUUCAGUGAAACGGAAGCACUAAGGAGAUAUGCAAUCCUGAAGAAUUCGCGUUAAUUUUACACAUACAAUAUAGAAACGUUCAUGUUGAAGGAGUAUCUUGUUAUAUACAGCUUAUUUUUGGAUAGUAAUCCUAAUUAAUAAAAGUUAUUCUCUGUGCAUUUGGGAGAUACAUCGCAAUAGCUGUAGAUGGUGGGGGAUAAGCGCAAGGCUCAAUGAGUCAUUGCGUCUGGCAUGACAGCGAAACGACACCGAGAAAGCCGCACGAUUGUGACCUUUCUCGAAAUGGGUCUGGUUGGGUGGCAGCCACGGAAUCCGAGUCCGUGGCCAACGGAAGACGGAAAGCGGGGAAAAGUUUUCGACUUCAAGGCAAGCCAAAAGACAAAAGGGGGAGCAAUUACUUUUGGAGGCAAAAACUUUGGGCCGCCUGACGUUUGACUUUUGCCCGCUUCGUUCACGGCAAAGGAAAAUGCGCAACAAUACUGGGAGUAUUUUGGCUUUCGGAUUGCACACAGCACAUAACAGGCCUAAACGGACUUAUAGACCAGCUAUUCCGCCUGCCGUGACUUAUUCGCGUUUCUGCAACGGACGCGGCAGGUUCUCCCGGCGAUUGGAGUUCCACUUUUCCCCAUUGUUGGCCACCUAACGAGCAAAGUUUUUCCACCGCGCACUUUAAUUUUCCGGCCAUUAGUGGCAUGUCCACCGACGAGGAUUCCCUGGGCAGUCCCCUCAAGCCGGCCACGCCCACACCCGGUGAACGCGAACCGACACGGGAACGCCACCGGGGCGGUCGAUCUGGCGCCUCGGAUCUGCUGCGCCACCAGCAGAGCUUCGAGGCACGCUACAGUGGCAUCAUCCAGAAGCAAAUCUGGGAGACGAGCAUCAACAAGGAUGUGCUGGAACGCCAGCUGAAUGCCUACUUCCCCUUCUCCCGCAGCGCCUCGCUCACCAAGGACGCAGCCGGCGGAUUCGAUCAGCUCCUGCCGCCGGCGACGAGCGGUGGUGGUCUGAAGACGCGAUCCCUGGCCACCACGCCCACCAGGCGACCCGGCGUCUGCCUGGAGAAGCUGGAGACGGUGGAUGUGGCCUCCAUCGAGCAGCAGAAGCAGGCGAAGUGAUGUCCAAGGACUAUGAUUGCUGAAUCAUUGCGAUGCCCGUAAGGUUGAAAGGCAAUUCUGAACCUUUUUACUCUAAGAUAGGAUAGGUGCGAUAUCUUAUUAGGACCCGGAUAACCAAUUUAUCAUUCGACUAGGUAUAUUUAAUAUGUAAUAUCUGUGAAAAGCCGAAAC